ACCUCGGCCAGUCAAUAAAACAGACCAGUGCACAAUUCGUCAUUUCCGUCGUGCUGUCAACAAAGUAUUUUGAGUCUCCGAAAAGCAUCAAUACCAAGUGAAAUAUAAUAACAGUGAAAAAAAAGUGUAGAGACAAAUGUCUGGCUACACUGAUCAGGAUAACUACUGGGGCCAGCCACCCCAGGGGCAAUACAACUUUGAACCCGCUGGCUUUGGACAACCUAACCCACAAUUCGACUUUCAGUCCUAUGGGGAUGAACAAACAGAUUAUUCAUAUUCCCAGAAGAGUUAUCUCGAUCCAACGCAGGGGGCUUAUGGCGGUGAGAUGAGUUAUGCAUCUGAUGAUUUUGGCAAAGUCCCUGGAUUCGGCGAGGAAGAGGAUGAGCCUCCACUCCUGGAGGAACUGGGCAUAGACCCUGACAGAAUCAUGCAGAAAACUCUAGCUGUUCUGAACCCUUUCCAUCGCAGAGGACAGAUCGACGAUGCUAAUUAUCUCCUCCAAGAUGCUGAUCUUGCUGGUCCAGUGGCCUUCUGCCUUAUCCUGGCCGGCUUCCUCCUCCUCGCAGGCUCUAAGGCCCAUUUUGGGUAUGUUUAUGGGCUGGCAGUGACCUCCUGCCUGCUCAUGUACAUCCUCCAGUCGCUUAUGAGCAGCACUGGCAACAUCACCCUGGGUUCUGUUGCCUCUGUUCUUGGUUACUGCUUGCUACCGGUUGUCGCCCUGGCUGGUCUCAGCAUCUUCACAACACUCAAAGGACCUGCUGGAAUGGCUAUAGGAGCUUUUGUUGUCGCCUGGGCCACUGUCUCUGCUUCCAGACUCUUCUCGGCCAUGUCAGGAGAGGAGAAACAACGCUUACUCAUUGCUUAUCCCUGUUUGUUGCUCUAUGGAGUAUUCACACUGAUUGUCAUUUUCUGAAUGUUAAAUGGAAAGUAGUGUUUGCCGACCUUUCAGGGAGGUCCGAUGAUUAUUGAUAUUUGCGAAAGAUUGUGAUCAAGAUUUGUAUUGUAAAUAAAUUAAUUGGAAUGUAAUUCUGAUUUUUUUUCAUGCA